CUAAACCCACAACAGUAAAAUCAGUCAGUAUAUGCAGUAAAGCAUGCUUGUUAUACUCACUGUGGAACCUAAGGAGUUAAUCCUCAGCAUUGAGUAAAAAUGCUGUUUGAUCCUGAUAUCUCUAACCAUUCCCUUCUUCCAGUGUCCCCCUCUUAUCUCCUGAUAAGACAUAUCUGUGGAGUCACUCUGCACAUGCUUAGUUUGGUGUGUAUUGCUAGAGAGUUUUUUUUGUCUUGGGAGAAGUGCAUGUGAUCAGCGCAGGGCCAAUCAGCACUGCCCAGACAGAGGUUAGGGGUCCGGCAUC